AUGCUAAAUCGGAUUCUUCGGGUUCCAAAAGAGUUCCUCUACUGUAAUCAUCAAACCAGAACCUCGGAUCGUUGGGGUAGAUUCUCAAACUCUUAUACCAGAGUACUCGCAGUCAUGACCUAUGACACGGUGAUUCAGCAGCUGCGCCAGUCGGACUGCCACUUUCAGAUUACUGCUACAACGACUAGCUGCCCGUCGACCGUCUGCGAAUGUCGAUCGCCCUUGAGUUCACAGGCUCCAAGUACCAGGAGAACCGGGCUGACGGUCACGCAAAGCCUGUAUUGGGCAAAUUAUCAACUCAGUAGUCAAUGCAGGUGGAUGAUGAGCUAUGGAAGUUUAUUUCCAGGCUAUGGAACUCAACUUCGCCACGAAGUCACCAUGAAGAAAGAUACUAUCAGUCUACUGGAGGUCCUCGUGGGUUGUCUACGCUUAGGACUCAGUCGAAUCCUACGACAAGCUGCAUCUGAGCGUCUACUUGACGUUGUCAGAGUUCAAAGAUCCCCUUCUUCCCCUGAAACUACUAUGCAAACAACCCCCCAUUGCAUUGCAUGGUCCCUGAUGGCGACUGGCUUUUGUGAACUAUCCCUGGUUCUCAUAGCGAAUGCAAGGCAGACAAUGCCUCUUCCGGCUUUGGGAUACAAAUUUCCUCAAAUGCAGUACAAACCCCAAACUCUCCCCCCUGCGAUAUCCUCAGAGAAACCAUCACCACCCCUAAUCGACGGCAACAAAUAG